GCGGGAUACGGUACACGUAUUUUCCGAUGUAAGGGAGCACGUUUCCGACGCAUAACCAAACUUUAACAAACGUGAAUUGAGUGCAUUGGACUGAAGUGAAUUUUACGGUGGUCGGUCCUGAAGCGAGCACUGCUAAAAGAGUACUGAAUAAUUCAUCGGGAUAUUUAACCGCGUCCCAAAAGUCGGCCGUGCGUGCUACCACUACUGUCUGUCCAAGAACGUAUUAUGUUGCAAAGAUUACCCAGAUUACUCAAACGGAAAGGACAUUUAAAUAACUUGUAAUUACGAUUAUGUUAAUUUAUAUCGCUGUAUAUAAAUUUAUGUCACUAAAAAGUUGGAUUGAUAAUAAUGAUUCGAAAAUAGAGGACAAUAAAAAUGUGACUAAAACAUGACAACACUUAUGUAACAAGACUCAAUCAAUUUUGUAAACACUAAAAUAUAUAAUGUUGCCAAAGUUAACAAAGAAACGCUAAUCAUCAUGUGGAUAAAUAGUGUGAGUGUUCUAAAAUUUGUGCUUAGACAUGCACUGCUAGCUACCGUGUGCGCGGUUCUGGUGGCAGCCACCGGCGAAUGGAGCGAAGACGCCGAAGAUUUAGUGUCGACGGUUGACGUGGACGCGGUGCUCGGCCGCACGGCGUCACUGCCGUGUGACGUCACGCCCGACGCUAACGAGGACCGCGUCUACAUGGUGCUGUGGUUUCGGAAAAGUGGAGGAAAACCAAUAUACAGUUUCGACGUCCGCGGCCGUUCGUUCAACAAAGCCCUGCAGUGGUCCGACCCGGGAGCCUUUGGUCCAAGGGCUUACUUCGCGACCGUGGCGCAACCGGCAGCGCUAACACUUAGCUCAGUGCAAUUGGACGACGAAGGCGUGUACAGGUGUCGAGUAGACUUCAAGAACUCACCGACGAGGAACUUUCAAAUACGUUUGACUGUUAUUGUACCACCACAUCAAAUGCUUCUUUAUGAUAAGUCAGGGGCUGAUGUCUCUGGUGUAGUGGGCCCUUUAGAAGAGGGUGCAGCGUUGGUACUCAUUUGCGAAGUACGGGGAGGUCGCCCAGAACCGCUGGUUUCCUGGUGGAUUGACGGGACUCCAGCUCCUCAAUAUAUCGGAAUGAAAACAGACACACAUGUGAUGGUGAAUCGAUUGGAACUACAGCAUUUGAAGCGAGAAGACCUGAAUACUACAUACAAGUGUAGGGCCUCGAACACGAACUUGGUGCCGCCUCAAGAGAAAGUCAUCAGGCUUGAAAUGAACCUUGCUCCACUCUCUGUCUCGCUGUUGAAUCGGCCGCAGCAGCUAAUAGCUGGUGCUGCUGCGACACUUCGCUGCGUGGCUGAAGGCAGUAGACCUCCUGCGCAGAUCACUUGGUAUAAGGACAACAGGAUUUUUGAAAAGGAAAAGGUAACAGACCACUCAAACGAAACGUGGUCGGUCAGUACACUAGUGUACAGUCCCACGCCAGCGGACAACGGCGGGGUCAUAAAAUGCGUCGCUUCAAAUCCCAGCCUACCCACGAGGACCAUAGAUGACCAAUUUCAAGUCAACGUUGUAUACAGUCCCCUGGUGUCGCUGACUCUGGGCAGUACGCUCAACCCGCACGAGAUCAAAGAAGGCGAUGACGUUUACUUCGAGUGCAACGUACGGGCGAACCCGAGGGAGCACAGGAUAUCUUGGUUUCAUGACGACAGGCCGGUAUCGCAGAACAUGGCGUCGGGGAUCAUUGUGAGCACUCGGUCGCUGGUCCUGCAGAAGGUGACGCGGCAGGAGGCGGGUGCGUACUCCUGCAAGGCGGCCAACAGUCGAGGGGAAACCUCCAGCGAAGCCGUCAAACUGAGAGUGCAAUAUGCACCGGUAUGCGCUGAAACGUCACCUCAAGUAGUGGGUGCGGCAUUGGAUGAAGCACUGCGGGUUCGAUGUUCGGUGCACGCCGACCCGGAUGACGUCACAUUUCUAUGGCAGUUUAAUAACAGUGGCGAAAGUUUUAACGUAUCUCCUGCUAGAUAUGGAACGGUUAACGGCAGUAUAAGCGAACUUCGGUACACACCCGCCAGCGAGAGAGAUUACGGAGCGUUAACAUGCAGAGGGAGUAACACGGUCGGUCGACAAGUGCAGCCGUGUAUCUUUCAAAUUGUCCCAGCAGCGCGACCAUCACCGCCGAGAAACUGCACGAUAUCAGCAGGGAAUGGGUCCAAUUGGAUCGAGGACUCGAACAAGGAUGACGUCGGAGAGUCGCUCAUGGUUCGAUGUGUCACAGGAUAUGAUGGAGGUCUACCACAAUUAGUUGUUCUAGAAGCGUUGGACUCCGACAAUGGAAUUAUUAAAUUUAAUGUCACAGCUAAUGAUACUGAUGGUGUGGCUUUGUUCCUAGUGCCAGCAGGAGUCCUCUGGUCAGCUGGCAACUCAUUACGACUGACUGUACAUUCAAGGAAUGAUAAAGGAGCAUCAGAUCGAAUCAUGCUUCAAGCUCUAACUUAUCAAGAUCCUGAGAGAAGGACAGAUGGCAGUAACGGAUUAGUCGCUGGAGUAACUAAAACAACAUUUUGGGCCAUCAUACUUACGUCAAUAUUUGCUGCGUUUGCAGUUGUAUCUACUGGAUAUUUCCUUAGAAGAAAAAGAGACCGACAGCCAAUAAAACAACAAUCAUCGGAGCUACAAAUAAAUUCCGGAGACGGCCAGUACGUAGUGGCUUACACACUGAAGCCGCCCAAGCAGGCACAGCCGGACAUUUUGAAUCCACCCCCAGACGGGGAACCUCCGGGCGUCAAGUGCGGGCUAGAGGCAGCUGUCAAAAAUGGUGCUCUCCACGCCGACGAGUGGUCGGGCGAGCUGCACGAACACGCGGUGAUGUCGCCGCCAAGGACUUCAGUAUCAAGUAAACAAGUCUCAGGCACUAUGACGUUAAGUAGGCGAGAACAUCUCAUAGCAGAAGAAAUACCCGGACCAGAAAGUUGUGUAUAGAUAUAAAUAAAACAAAAUAGGAUUUUUGUAACAUUUUGUACAUAGUAGAUGUAUGUAUUGACUGUGAAA